UCCAUUAAAUCCAUUAAGACCAAUUUACUCGAAUUACAAUGUCAUGCCCACAGCCUUUUAUUGCCCAGCCGAAGGAUUAUUCGCUGACGAUUAUGACUGUCAAAUCUACUAUCGCUGUGAAGAGAAAGCAAGAGGUUAUAUUAAACCAUACAUGUUUGCUUGCAAGGAUGGUACAGUAUUCUCCCCCACACUGAAACUCUGCAUGCCACCUCUGCUAGCUGGACGUGCUGAAUGUCAGCAUUAUGUGAACGAAAUCGACACAGCCGCCGAUGACAGCUCAAUAUUAUACAGUGCAGACAAUCUCAGUAAUAAUAAUAAACUACAGAACUAUGGCUUGACAGGUUUAAGCGGAGUUUCCGUUAUAUCCUUUUCAACAUCCUCUGCACGUGCCGCAAGCGAUGUCGAACAGGGUCCACCUUGCGAGGAUGACGGCUUUAUGCCGGAUCCUGAUGAUUGUACCAUAUUUUACCGCUGCAUAUCAAAUGGUCGAAGUUUCAAUAAAAUCGGCUUUCGUUGUUCUGAUGGUACUGCUUGGGAUGAAUCUCUACAGUCAUGUAAUCAUAUACGCCAUGUACGCGCAAAUGGUGGUUGUCAAGGUAAAGCGAACGCAUUAAAUGAUGAAAAUACGGAACAAACAUCUACGCAAUCAUCACACACAAGUUAUCAGAAUACCACCUCAGCAAGUAGUCAACAUCAAAGCUCUACUAGUUCUUCACAUAGCUCGUCAUCUAGUUCUUCGUCUUCAUCAUCAUCAUCAUCAUCAAGUUCAUCUUCUAAUAGUAGUAAUCAACAACAAUCUAGUACUACACAAGCUAGCAGCACUGAAAGUUCUUCAUCAAAUACGCAAAGCUCUACUUCUUCAAGUAAUCAACAAACAUCGACAAGUUCAUCAUCCUCUAACCAAGAAAACACACAAUCAUCUGCAGAAAAUACAAAUAACCAAAACUCAAAUGAAACCCACAACUCAAACAAUGAGAGUUCAAGUUCGAAUAAUAAUCAGAAUUCUAAUAGUCAAAGUUCAAAUAAUCAAAAUGUAAAUAAUGAGAGUUCUAGCAGUGAGAACUCAAAUAACCAAAGUUCUAGCAAUGAAAAUUCAAAUUCCAACCAAGAGAACUCCAACUCCAAUCAAAAUUCCAAUGGCAACUCUAAUAGUAAUAAUGAGAACAACAGUUCAAACAAUAAUCAAGCUAGCGCUGGUACGAGCAAUCCCAAUCCCACCACUUGUGAAAAUGAGGACACUUAUAUAGCUGAUGGCCAAGAUUGUGCUAAAUUUUAUCGCUGUCGUUAUGAUGGAAACGGUGUACUGGAAAAAGUUCCCUUUACCUGUGGACCUGGUACUAUAUGGAAUCAACAAGAGAAAGUAUGUGACGUACCAACAAGUGCACAAAAAGAGCAAUGUAAGCUUCAAUCUACGACUGGUGCUGCGAACUCAGGUUCCUCUUCAACAUCUUCUUCAAAUUCUAAUCAAUCAUCCAACAAUUCGAAUCAAACCUCUUCAGGUAAUCAGGGUUCGAAUUCUUCGAAUACACAAACUAGCUCAAGUCAACAAACGUCAAGUAGUACUGAAUCCUCAAACUCAUCAACGGAAUCAAACAAUUCAUCAUCUACAUCAGAAACGAGUGCAUCUGAAACAUCGAAUUCUAAUAACCAGCAGAGUACAAGUACCACACAAGAAUCGAAUCAAACACAAGAAUCAACUAGUCAAACCUCUAACAAUAAUCAAAGCACAGGUAAUGCAAAUCAACAAACUACAACUCCCAAACCUUCAAAUCCAGUAGGUGAAUGUUCGGAUAGUGAGACAUAUUUACCCGACAAAGUCAAUUGUGCACGUUUCUAUCGUUGCGUUGCUAAUGGUAAUGGAGGUUACGAUAAAGUUGGUUUUGAUUGUGCACCUGGUACAGUUUGGGAUGCCGACGUCAAAGGCUGUAAUUAUCCAACUGAAGUUCAGAAAGAACAAUGUAAAGUCAUGGCAAGUGGUUCCAGUUCUUCUAGCGGUAAUAAUCAAAGUAGCAGUGGAAGUAACAAUUCACAAGCAUCAACUGGUAGUAAUAAUCAAAAUUCGAACAAUAAUCAAUCAUCUUCGGCUUCAUCUAAUGAAUCAAAUGAAAGUAAUCAAAGUUCUAAUAAUAAUCAAUCAUCUUCUGGCUCUAGUUCGGGAAGUAAUCAAUCUACAUCCUCUACUGAGUCAAGUAAUAACAACCAGAGUUCUAGUAGUACAAGUUCAACUUCUAACAAUAAUCAAUCGUCUACCGAAUCAAGUGGUAGUAACCAAAAUUCUAGCACAUCAAAUCAAUCAUCUUCGUCUACUGAAUCGAAUAAUAAUAAUCAAGGGUCUUCUAGUACCACUUCUAGUUCUGGCAAUAACCAAUCAUCUUCUUCAACAGAAACAAGUGGCAGUAAUCAAGGUUCUAAUGGUACAACUUCCAGUUCUAACAAUAAUCAAUCAUCGUCUUCAACGGAAACGAAUGAAAGUAGUACUACGUCCACUUCUGGCAAUAAUCAAUCAUCGUCUUCUACCGAAUCAAGUGGCAAUAAUCAAGGUUCGACUAGUACUGGUAACAAUAAUCAAUCAUCUUCUUCAACAGAAUCAAACUCUAACAAUCAAAGUUCAUCAAGUACCACAUCUAGUUCAGGUCAAAAUGAAUCAUCUUCUUCUACAGAAUCCAGUUCAAGCAAUACUCAAAGUAGUUCAAAUCAACAAUCUUCCAGUAAUAAUCAACAAUCUAGUACUCAAAGUUCUAAUAACAAUCAACAAAGUACCACAGGAAAACCUACAAAACCUGCUGAAUAUUGUGAAAAUGAAAACACUUUCUUGGCUGACAAAAAUAAUUGUUCCAAAUUUUAUCGCUGCGUUAACGAUGGUAAAGGAGGAUUUAAUAAAAUAUCCUAUACAUGUCCGCCUGGUACAGUUUGGGAUCCAGAAGCAAAUACUUGUAAUCAUGCCACAGCUGUUCAAAAUCUAUCUUGUAAAAUAUCAACUACAUCUUCCAGUUCAAAUCAAAGUAGUUCUAGUCAACAAUCCUCCAGUGCAGAACAAUCAUCUAAUUCAACAACAGAGACAAGCAGUAGCAGUCAAAGUUCAACCACUUCGGGAAGCAAUGCAGGUCAACAAUCAAGUGGUAGCAAUCAAUCAAGCAGUGGCAGUCAAAGUUCUUCUAGUACACAGAGCACUUCCGCAGGUAGUUCUCAAUCUUCAACUUCUACCACAGAAUCUACUAGUAGUACUGAAAACUCCAGCUCAACUACUGGCUCAAGUAGCACCUCCAAUAAUCAAAACUCUAACUCUUCUAAUACAAGUAACAACUCCCAAAGUGGUAACAGCCAACAGACAACUGGCAGUAAUCAGUCAACAACUUCUACAGAAUCUGGUUCAAAUAAUAAUACUAACCAAACUGGUUCAUCACAGACGGGAUCCUCAUCUACGAGUUCAACUGGUAGUAGCUCAUCAUCAUCGAGCAGUGGAUCUCAAGGUGCUAAUAACCAAGGUGGUAACAACCAACAGGGGUCCAGCCAAUCUAAGCCUUCUGGAAACUGUGAUGGCAAGACACAAUUUGUGGGAGAUGAUAAUGAUUGUGCGAAAUUCUAUCGAUGUGUGGACAAUGGUAAAGGUGGCUAUGAUAAAGUGCCAUUUACAUGUGGACCAGGCACUGUAUGGGAUAGUGAUAUUGAAGGAUGUAAUCAUGCAUGGGCGGUUAAGAAUAAAAAAUGUGGUACUGGAAGUGCUGGAGCACCAACACAACAAAAUCCGACGACACAAAAUCCACCGCCUUCAGGUUCUUUAACAACAGCGAAACCUAUUGAAGAAAAUCCUACAGAGCCAACAAAACCCACCUCGGCGCCAGCUACAACCACAAAACCUAAUACUACUCAAAAACCCACAGGAGCUAGUACAGUAACACAGAAUCCAACUAAUACAGAUGGCAUUUGUCGUGAAGAAGGCUUUAUAGGUGAUCCAAACGAUUGCAGUAAAUUCUAUCGUUGCGUAGAUAAUGGGAAAGGCGGUUUCACACAAUAUGUGUUCAAAUGUGGUGCUGGUACAGUAUGGGACAAUAACCUACAAACGUGUAACCACGAUUUAAAGAUGUGCAAUACCAAUGUUGGUAAUGGUACUACGACUACAUUGGAACAAAGCACAACAUCGUAUCCUACUGACAAACCAACUUCAAGUCCUACAACACAAACCAGCAAGCCUGAAGGUAUGCAGCCUGCAACAACAACACAGGCUCAAAAACCUGGAUACGAAACAACAACGGAAGGUACACAAACUACAAAUUUAAGUACGACUGAAUCUGUAACACAAACUCAAAAACCUGGAUACGAAACAACAACGGAAGGCACAAAGCCUACCUCUGCUGGUACUACUGAAUCUGGUAAAAACCCAGAAAUUACCACAGCACAAACAACCACAGGAACUCCCCAAACAACUUCACAACCGAUAGUACCUGCUAAACCAAUUUCACAAAAAGAUCCUUGUACAAAGGAAGGCUUUUUCGGAGAUAGCGAAGACUGUCAAAAGUUUUACAGAUGUGUUGAUAACGGUAAUGGAAGUUUCGAGAAAUAUAGUUUCAAAUGUGGAAACAACACUGUUUGGGAUGCUGAUAUUGAAAGCUGCAAUCAUCCCAGUGCAGUGCAAGAUCCACGCUGCCGUGUAGAAGGUACUACUACUAGUAAUAUAGAAGGUACAGCUGCUAGUAACAUGGAAGGUACAACAACAACGAAUAAAUAUCCUACAACUACCGACAAAUAUGAUACUACAACCAUUGAAUCAAAGCCCACAUCUACUACUUCGUACCCCACAACAAUAAUGGAAACAACAACUAGUAAAUACGAAACUACGACUGACGGUAGUAGUAAACCUACAACAACAACAACUGAAAGUAGUUCUGUAGAAAAUACGACAACAAUGCAAAGCAGUACAACACCUGUGACAGUACCGAACUUACCACCAGGUACUACUUGUAAUGAUGAAGGUUUUAUGGCCGAUCCAAAUAAUUGUAGAAAGUUUUACCGCUGCGUUAGAAAUGGCGAUGGUACUUACUCCAGACAUGAGUUCAUGUGUGCCAAAGGUACAGGAUGGAGUGAGGAGAAACAAACUUGUGAUUAUGCCGCAAAUGUGGACAGAUGUUAUGGCCAAACAGAGGAACCAGAGAUGACAACUAUAUCCAGUACCAGUGAGACAACAACUGAAAAUAUAUCGACCACUACAUUACCCAGCAGUACUCAAUCUACUAAAGAACCUACAACAACAACUGAAUCUAAAGAAACAACAACAACAACAGCAGCAACAACAACUGAAUCUAAACCACCUACAACAACAACGGACGCAACAACAACAGAAUCCAAACCACUCACAACAACAACAAACUAUGUCGAGACAACUACGACAACACCAAUGGAAUCCACUACACCUGGCGAUGCUAGCUCAACUUCAACGCAAGCUACUACUACUACAGAAAUAAUAAGCACAACUAUGCAGUCUACUUCCACAACUCCGAUACCAAAUUUAACUCCUGGCACAGAAUGUAAAGGAGAAGGCUUCAUGGCAGAUCCAAAUAAUUGCCGUAAAUUUUAUAGAUGUGUACGCAAUGGUGAUAAAUUAGAUAAACAUGAAUUUAUGUGCGGCAAAGGUACCGGUUGGAGUGAAGAAAAACAAACUUGCGAUUACGCAGAAAAUGUGGAGCGCUGUGCUGGUCAAACAGAAGCUCCAGAAACCAGCACAGUUAUGGAAACAACCACAGUAUAUACAACUACAACAAGCAAACCAGAAACCACACAAAUGCCUACAUCAGCACAAGAAACUAAACCUACAGAAUCUACAACAGAUAUGCCAACAACACCUAUAGAACAAACGAAACCAACAGAUUCAACACAAAAACCGACAGAGCAACCAACUACUACAGAACAACAAACUAAACCCACUGAUACGACUCCACAACCAACUGAACAAACAACUACCACAGAAGAACAAACUAAACCUACCGAACCGAUAAGCACAACUACUGAACAACAAACCAAACCAACUGAAACGCCAACAAAACCAACAGAAACCACUGGAAAACCAACGGAAACACCUACUGCAACCGAGGAACAAACCAAACCCACUGAAACACCAACAAAACCAACAGAUACCACUGGAAAACCAACGGAACCACCUACUACAACCGAAGAACAAACCAAACCCACUGAAACCACAACGAAGCCUACAGUAAUCACGACAACGGAUGUACCAGCAACUACCGUUGAAGUUACAACCACAAGUAAACCUGGUUACGAGCCUACUACCAUGCCAACUGUACAGACUACAGAUUACCCAACAACAACAGAAGGAACAGUAAGCACAACAAUGGAACCAACGAAUUUCACAUGUACCAGUGAAGGUUUCUUCCCAGAUCCAGAAGAUUGUAAUCGUUAUUAUCGUUGCGUUGACGCAAAUCAAAAUGGCAAUUAUCAAAUUUACAGUUUCCGUUGCCCCGAUGGCACAGUUUGGGAUACUUCCGUCGAUACAUGCAACUACGCAGAACAAGUUUCUGGAAAUUGUUCCUCAGGUCAAACAAAACCAACCUCCAAACCAGUUGACACAACCACAUUAGAAAAUACAACAGAGCAACCUGGUACAAUGACAACCAAUAAACCAAUGGACACAACUACAAUGGAAACAAACACCGGCACAACUGAACCGACAACCGUGACGACGACAAGUAAACCAAUUGAUACCACAACUACAGCGAUGGGAACUACAACAAUGGAACCAAAUACAGAAACGACAACUCAACAAAGUACAACUGAGAAGCCCACAGAAAUGCCAACAAAACCAAUUGAUACCACAACUGCAGCGAUUGAACCCACAACGACAGAACCGAAUAAAGACACAACGACACAGCAAGCUACAACUGAUAAGCCCACAGAGAUAGCAACAUCCGAAACAACGACGACGGGAGAAGAAAAUACAACAAAUUCUACACCUGAAAGCAAUGAAACUACGGAAAUGCCAACCACACAACCACCGCAACCAAUAACUAAUACAAGUGCACCAUGUCCUACAGCGAGCGAGGGACAAAAUCUCUUCGUUUGCCCAACAGGCUUUAAACGUCAUCCCAAGAACUGUGGUAUGUUCUAUCAGUGCACUGAGAAAGCUGACAGUAACGAUUUAAGCAUUGCUGUCUUCGAAUGUCCUAAUGGUACCGUGUUCUACGAGGAACGCUGUCAAUGCGACAGACCCGACAGUAAUGAACAGUGCCUGAAUAAAGAAAUGACACGCACAUUAUUCUAUGACGAUGAAGUACGGCGCUUGCAUAUGGUACAAGUCCGGUCUACUGAACCGCUAUGUCCGGAUGAAGGUCACUUUUCCUUAAACCACGAUCACUGUGGACAAUUAUUUGUUAAAUGUGCGUAUUCAACACUAACAGGACGUAUAGAAGGUCAAAUACAACGUUGUCCUAAAGGAUUUGCCUAUUGGUCUGUGAGUCGUCGUUGUGAGCGCGCACAAAAGCUUUUAGACUGCCAUCCCACCCAAUACGAUGUUGGAGACAGCAUACCAGUGGAAUGGGGAAAUAUUGGCAAAAGACGUAGAAACUUAAAAAUUUAAAUAAUUUUAUUUGGAAUGUCAGAAUUUUUAAAUCUUAUCAAAAUAAGUUUUAGUUUUAAGAGUAGAAGUUUUAAGGAUAACUUAAAUAUUGUAUACGGCGCAUAAAAGCAUUAACGGAUCAGAAAUAAUACUUCUAGUCUAUAUAGAGUUAACGUAUACUUAUGCGCAGUAAACGAUUACAAGUAUUUAUUUAUAUAUAAUUUUUCGGUACUCGGUUAUGUAGUACGAGGGAUGAGGUGAAGGUAUUUAUUUAUAAUGUAUUUAUUUAAACUAUUUUUAAAAUUGCCAAUAUAACAAAGUAAGUCUGACUUAAAUAAUAUAGUAAUAUAAAAUAUUGAAAAUUAGUUAUUUAAGAAAUAUUGAAAAAGUAUUGAAUUAAUUCCAUUUCACUUUAGAGAUACUGAAGCAAUAAUUUUUAUAAAAAAUAAACAUUUUUAUUCACCGCUUUAUAGCAAAUAUGAUUAUUUAGUUCGGAACUUAUU